GAUUCGUCGUCGAGUCGUUUUAAUAAAUUGGAUCGACUAUCGAGCAGCGUGCGAACCGGGACGAUAGUCGAUAUUUCGCGUACAACUUCAACUCGCAAAGUUUGAUAAUGGAGUUCUAUUAAAAUUCCCAGUGUAUCUAAAACACUGUACGAUAAUGAACGGAAAAUUUACGAGUAUCCCAAUAUCACGAUGCAUGGUGACCUCGGCCAUCCUAACGCGGAGAAUCUCGAAAACACGUCGAAUCGAUGCGCGACAACCAGCACUUCCAACGGAAUGAUUAACCUCAAUUUCGACGAGGAAUGGCUGACUUACGAAAAACUCACGGAAAUCUUUUUGUUUCAAUCGAUCUCCAAGACGAAAUUGACCGAUUCUCCACCCGUCAGAUUUUGCAAAACGAUACAGCAACAAGCGAAAUCCGUGGACGUGUUGAGACGUGUUCGUCAGUCUUCGAAAUUAGCGAAGAACAAAGUGGUAGCACUGAAAAAUGCGAACCAACCGGUUAUUUUCGAUAAAAGAGCGGACGGGGAUAAGGCUAGGGACAUCGCGCCAAUACCAAUGAGAAAAAGCCUCUUCCCAUACGUGUCCCCUUACGUUCUCUUCCAAAGCCACGAUCACGUACCGACCAAAAAAUUGCCCAGGGAUUUCGUUCAACUUUUCAAAUGGAAGUUCACUAGCUCCAUGCCCAGGAUAUUGAUCAGGAUCCUGGUCAAUUCCGGAUACGAAGUGGUGAACAAAGGAUCGGAUUGGUCCGCCGUUUGGAAUAUGUCUAGCAAAGACGUGAUGAGGUUUCGACGUAUGAAACCGUUUCAAAAGGCAAACAACAUGCCUGGUUCGCAUAAUAUAGGGGACAAGGAUUUAUUGUGGACUCACUUGAACAAAAUGUCGAAGAAAUUCGGAUCCGAUUACAACUUCAUGCCUCGUACGUACAUCCUGCCCAAGGAGAUACAAAAAUUCGAGAGCAUGUGGAGCAGACACGGUAUAGGGACCACGUGGAUAAUCAAACCGCCGUGCGCUGGUCGUGGCCAGGGUAUCAAGAUUGUUAAUCAAUGGUGGGAAAUACCAAAGUGGCAUUCGGUAAUCAUUCAACGAUACAUCACCAAGCCGAAACUAAUCAACGGAUUGAAAUUCGAUCUGCGAAUAUACGUUCUUCUAACGAGCAUCAAUCCCCUCAGAAUUUAUAUCUAUCAAGAGGGCUUGGUUCGUUUCGCUUCGGUUAGAUAUAUUCGUGGAACCAAUUUAAACGACAAAUACAUGCACCUGACAAACAGUAGCGUGAACAAACAGAAUCCCGCAUACGUGAUGAACGAUGGAGUGAAUUCGUUCAAGGGGCAUAAAUGGUCGUUCUCGAGUUUAUGGUCCUAUCUGAAGCAGGAAGACGUGAACGUUAGCGAAUUGUGGUCCCUGAUCAAGAAUAUCAUUAUCAAGACAUUCGUAGCCGUGGAAUCCAGCAUGAACACCGCCAUUUCGGAAAAUCUUGUUUCGAGUUACAGCUGUUACGAAUUGUACGGGUUCGACGUACUCCUCGACGAAAGUUUGAGGCCCUGGUUGCUCGAAGUUAACAUUCUACCUUCGUUGCAAACCGAUUCGCCACUCGACACUUCCAUCAAGGGUACUUUGGUCAAAAACGUGUUGAACAUGGUCGGAUACCAGAUACCGAAAAACGAGCAAGUUUCGAGUAACGGUACAACCAACAAGAAGUACGACUCGAUCGCGCACAAUUACAAAUUGUACAGCACGGCCUUGAAUCUUCAAGAAAAGACGAAACAGAACGAGAUCAACGCGAUGGAAACGCGCGACGAAUAUUUGACCAUUAUACUCGAGAAUUUGACCAGGGACGAUAUCAGGCAGUUGAUACGUUACGAGGAUGAGCUGAGUCAGGUUGAAAACUUUGAGAAAAUCUUCCCUACCAAAAAUUCUUAUUGUUACUUCAAAUUCUUCGAAGUGAAGAGAUACUACGACCGGUUACUGGACGCUUGGGAAAAUCGUUAUUCGGAUAACAGAAUGGAGGGGAUUCGUAGGCUGCAACGAUGCUGCGAGAACAUGCAACAUCUCGAUCAAAACGAGUAGACUGAUAUCUUUGAUCUUUUCUUUUCUUUUCUUUUUUUUUUUUUUUGCCCCACGCUUAUACCCGUGAUAUCAUUCGAGAUCCAAUUAAAGCGGUUCGCACGGAGCAAGGCCAAUAGCGUGGAGCGAGAAUUUUUUUACGUAAUAAUAUUCUCGAAGUACGUAAUAUAUGCACGAAGGAAAAAAAGGAGGAAAAUACUUAUGACAGGUAUGGAAGAAGAGGAUAGCCCGUAUCCUCGAUCGCGUAAUUUUAU